UUUGAUCAAUCAAGUAAUAAACAAAUGCAAAGUUUAAUAGACAUUCCUGAAAAGUGUUUAGCUUAUUCUGCAAACUGGUAUCUUAAUUAAAUUUCUGCUUAUGAUGUUAACACAGACUUGUUUGCUUAUGGAUCAAACAGCGAUAUUUACAUUAUUAAUUACUAACAAAAAAAAUACGAAACCAUUUUAUAUAAUUCUAACAUGAGGGAAAAGAUUUCAUGUGUUGCUUUUUUGCCAAUCAAUCUAAAUUAUAAAGAUUAAAAUAAAACUUAAGGAGAAAAUCACGAAAGUUAAGAAGAAGAUAUUAUAAUACUAGCAGGUAGUGCUAGUGGGACUUUUUAUAUUCAUAGUUAUAAUCAAGGUAGCAAAAAGUCUGAAUUGUUAGAACAACAAAAUAUUGUUUUAAACCAAACAAUUAUCUCAAUUAAUGUAGACAAUAAUGAAUUUAAUAAAUAUAUUGCUAAAAUAAUCAUCAAAUUAUAAAAUGGGUCUAUUUUUCAUCUGCAAUAUGAUCUUAUCAAAAAGAAAAUUAUUUCAUUUAAAAUUAACAUCCAGCAAUCGAAAUUUAACUUAAAAUUAAAGUUUUCUUCUUUUCUUUCCAAUCUAGAUUCUCAUACCAAUAAUUCUUCUUCUACUUAGUGUAUCUAAAAUAAGUACACAAUCAACUUCUUUGAAGAAGGCUAAAUUUUCUUAUAUGAAAAUAAUAAUAAAAUUUUUACUCACCAAAUUGAUGGAAAGAUAUUAACUUUGGAUGAAAUACCAAAGUAGUCAGAAAAUGAAAAUUAAAGAUAUAUCCUACUCAAGAAAAUAAAAAAUUAUGUCUUUCUAAAUUUGAUAGAAAUAGGAUAAAACAUAAUAAAUAAUUCCUCAAGCUAGUUAAUAUCUUAAGAUGAACAUCUAAAUCAAGCAAAUAAAAUUCAAACUCAAGAAAAUUCCUUUGAAAAAAUGUAAAAUUAAAAUAAUAAUAUUAAUGAAGAAAGCUAAGAAAAUAAAUAAAAAACUGAUAAUGAAGAAAUCAAUUAAGUUUAAGGUGAAGCUUAAAUCUAAGAAAAAACCUAAAGCAAAAAUAUUUUUUAGGUUAAAAGCAUUGUUGAUAUUGAGAUAUUUUUCAUUUAUAAUAAAAAAAAUAACGAUUUGCUUCAAUCUAGCUUUACAAUCAAGAGCUUGGAUUAUGAUAACUUUAUUUUGACUGGUAAAAUGGGAGAUAUUUACAUCUUUAAUGUUUCUAAAUUUAUUGAUUUUUCUAAAUCUAACUAAAAACUUACUAUAAAUCCUUUGAGUGCACAGUUUGACGAUUCCUAUUAUUCUAAAGUUCCUGACACUAACCAUUAUGAUGGAAUUUUUUCUAUUUAGACAAUUUAAGAUAAAAAAUUGAUAACUCUUUCUAUCGACAGGAGAAUCUCAUUUUUUAACAUAACUAGAUAAAGCAUUUCUUAAAAUGCAAAUGAAUUUGAAAUAGAAGAAGAUAAUAAUAUUGAAAAUGAUGAUGUUAAUAAAGAAGAAUAAUCUAAUUAAACUAUACCUUAUCAAUUAGAAUUUGAAUGGUAACUCAGUUGCUUAGGAGCUAAAGUGAAUUCUCUAGCAAUUUCUUAGGUAGAAAAAGAGUUAAUCUACAUGAGUUGUUUAGACCGCACAGUAAGAGUUUGGGAUUCCUCUAAAAUACAUGACCAGCUUUACGUAAAAGAGUAUUACAAAAGGAUUGAUCAAAUAAAUGUGAAGCAAAUGCUUCUUCAUCCAUAAUUUGAAAAUGUUAUGGUUCUUUUUUUAGAAGACAAUCCAAAAAAGCUAGUUGGAUAUGACCUCUUUAAAGAGAAAAUCAGUUUUGAGUAUCUAAGCAACAGAGACAUCUUGAACUUAAAAUGGAUAAAAAAGGAAUAAGUUGAUGAACUAUAAAACAUUCUCUUUUAAUCAGUUAACACAGCUUAGAAUGAAGGAAAAAAGGAAGAGUUAGGAUAGGAAAAAGCUUUGUAAAAAUAGAUUAAAGUAGAAAAAGAUCAUAUUGAAACCAAAGAAAAAGGUUUGCUAACUUAAAAUGACGAUCAUUAUUUGCUAGUUUUCAAAAAAGGCGGAUAUAUUAGCUUGAUUGAUCUAUCUGAUUGUAGCAUUUCUAUUGAAGAUUAUUUAAUUUGCGAAAAUAAAAACAAUGUGCAAUAGUUUGAAUUUGACAUUGUUAAAAGUUAAGUAUUUGCUGUGUUUGCUUAAUUAGGAUGUAUUAGUUUCUAUUACGACUAUCAGUAUAAAUAAUUCUAAAAUAUGCACAAAAAUGUUGUUAAAAGCAUAGCAUUUAAGUAAACACCUGAUAGUUCAUAAUUGAUAGUCGCUUGUGCUUGCUUGGAUAGGAGAAUAAGUAUUUAUUUAGGUAACCCUGAUGACGUCUCAUCCUUCUAAUUUGUAACAUAUCUAAAGCAUGAAUAUCCAAUUGAAAAAGUAAUGUUCUCUCCUGUGUCUGAUUGUUAUUAUAUGCUUUCUAUAGCUCAAAAUCAUAACACAUUAUAAAUUUACAAUUUAUUGCCUAGCUCUGUUAGCUAAUUACAACAGUAAUCAUAGACAAAUAAUACUUCAAAAUAAGAUAAAAAUGAAAGUGAUGAAGAAAAUGAAGAAAUUACUAAUUUUGUUAAGACAGAAUAAUAAAUAAAAACAGAGAUUUAAAAUAACUUACUUACCUAAGAUUUAUAAGAAGAAGAUGGAAAUUAAAAAAAUAAUUUAUCUGAAAUGUAAAAAAAUAUAAAUUUAAUUUAGAACAACAACAAUUAGCAGAUUAGUUUAGAAUUCAAAAAUGUUAGAGGUCAUAAAGGGUACAUCAAUGAUGCAGUAUUUUCUCCUUUGGAUUAAAAUCUUUUGAUAACAUGUUCUGAUGAUUAAACAGUAAAAUUUUGGUCUAUAGAUAGAAUUAUUAAUAAGAGUUACCCUAAGAGGAAAAAAAACAAAAAUAUUAACAAAAAAGAUGAAAGUUUUAACAACCAAUAGCAUCGAGAUAAAGGAGAGCAAUUUUCUUAAAAGUUAAACAACAACUAACAUAACUAAAAUAAAUUUAAAUAAAAUUAAAAUAAUAACUAAUAAUCAGCUAAAAAUUAUUAGCAUAAUAAGUUUAAUAAAAAAUAGAAUAACAGAACAAAAAAUUGA